AUGUCAUCAAAUACAAUUAUUCGUCACAAAUAUCGUAAAGAAUUUACAUUAGAAUUUUCACGUGAUCGAAAAUCAAUGUCAGGAUAUGUUGUAACUGCUGGAAGAGUUACUAGUAAUAGUCAACAAGAAUCUAAAAUAUUUGUUAAAGGUGCUCCAGAAUCCGUAGUUGAACGAUGUACACAUAUUCGAGUUGGAACACAAAAAAUUCCGAUGAUUUCACAAAUUAAAGAAGAAAUAAUGGGAUUGAUCUAUCAAUAUGGAACUGAAAGAGAUACUUUAUGUUGUUUAACAUUAGGCACAAUUGAUAAUCCAUUAAAACACAAAGAUAUGGAUUUAGAAGAUUCAAGAAAAUUUAUUAAUUAUGAAAUAAGAAAUGAUAUUACAUUUGUUGGUAUGCUAGAUCCACCACGUACUAAAGUUAUUGACGCUAUUGCUCGAUGUCGUGAUGCUGGUAUUCGUGUUAUUAUGAUUACUGGUUAUAAUAAGGAUACAGCUAACGCUGCUUGUCAAUGUAUUGGUAUCUUUGAAGAAUCAGAAGAUACGCAAGUUUGUAUUUUUUUGACUGCUGCUCUUGGUUUACCCGAAUCGUUAAUUCCUGUUCAAUUACUUUGGGUUAAUUUGGUAACUGUUGGUUUACCAGCAACAGCACUUGGUUUUAAUCCAUCUGAUUAUGAUAUUAUGGAACGUCCGCCAUGUAGACCAAAAGAAUCAUUAAUUACACCAUGA